GGUGAGGUGACAAAUUGGUGAGGCAGGAGUUCACCACAUCUUGCCCCAAAAAACCAGGAGCACUGUGCUACGAACCCACUGCAGCAGCCUGGGGCGAAACCCCUUCUUUGGGCCUUGGGGAACCAGCCGGCUCCACAGCACAGGGUGAUGGUGGAUGUGGGGAAUGCCGAGAGGCCACCCCAAAGGGCUGGAAGGCCACCCCAAAGGGCUAGAAGGCCAUCAGAGCUGCCACUUCCCUGCAGGGAACUGCUGUGUCCUCAAAACCAGCCUGGGCAAGAGCAGCUGUGCAUGUCCAUGCACAGCAGUACACCAGUAUCAGCCUUCGAAUCACUGGGACAGCCUUUGGAAAUCAGGCUGGACUUUAGCCCUUACUCCAUUUCCCAUUUCCCAUUUCCCAUUUCCCAUUUCCCAUAUCCCUUUCCCCACUCAUUUUACAGGGAUUCUUCUCCAGGCAAACUGCUUCAAAGUUGCCAGCUCCCAUGUAGCUGUCAGCAACCUGAAUGAGACUGUAAAUGUGACAGACCAAAGGCAGUUUGCCACAGGUUUUAUGAAACUUGUGAAAGCUGAGGACACCAAGUUUUGUACUGACAUUCUGGAAAACAUUCAGGUUUUGUCAGAGGAUAUAUGGGGGAAAAAUCUGUUGAAAUUCCCUGUUACUCACACUUACAUGAACUGGAAUAAACUAUGGAAUGAUCAGCAUCUGAACAUCAAGGUCUCCAAUGCUGAAGUGCCUCAAUGCUUGCUGAAAUACUAUCUUUGAUAUGAUGGCCUAAAUAAAAAAAAAAACAGGGGGAAAAGACAAAAUGGAGUUGUUUAAUUGAUUUAUUUCUGGAUCACUCAGGAGAGUACAGAGACUUCCAUCAGUCAAUCACCACUUUAAAAAUAAUUCAGGUCUGCAGUGACUAGAAAUAAUCUGGGGUUUUUUUUGGUUUUGGUUUGUUGUUUUUUUUUUCCACUUUCUUCAUGUACUUUUCAAGUACUUUACCAGUAAUGUUCAAAAUGUCAAAGGCAGCACAGUGCUACAGAUGAGAUAGUAAGCAAAUUCUUAUCUUCUUUUGUAAUUUUAACCAAAAUUAUAUUCACAUAUGUAACAAAUGAAACAUUGAUUUUAAGGAAGUUGGUAAGGUAGAUAGGCAAAGAUAUUGGGACAUAAUAUCUAAAUUUCUUUCAUUGCUACAGAACCCCUGUAAAUUCAGACUUCAGGCUUUGCUUGUGCAUUUAUCUCUGAAUGCCUAACACAGGCUCAUGAACAAAAGGAAGAGCAGGACACUGGAGGAAUAAAUUUCUUAUAGCUAGUGCAGAACAUAUUUCAGGACUGACCAGGCAUGUAGGCUGGGUGUUGCAGCAUUAAAGAAUAAAGUAAUGCUACUCCCUCUCUCCCAGUAUUUAUUACAAAGGCCAAAGGAAUGUGAUUUUGGUUUACUUUCAAACUGUGAUAGUGAUUAUUUCCUAACAUUUAUCACAAAUUAUUACAAAUGCCUAUCAUCCUUGCUGUUUUCUGUAAACAUAACUUUUAAUUAGAGAUUCAACAGAAACAAAGUUUCAUUUCAAGCACUACUGUAAACACUACACUUAGGAAACAAAACAAGUGUGAACAUUUAAGCAUUUUUCUGACAAAUACUAGAUGUUUUUAAUCUAAGCAUAACAUUUUGCUGCUGUUCCUCAUGACUGGUGGGAAUUGCAGUGCCACACGGGUUGAACACUCCCUUUGUAAAUAGUCAUCUGUAUGAAUAAAUACACAUCUGUGGCUUUAGAGAUUCACUGCUGUCUGGCCAUGAUUGCUUUCAUUGUCUUGCUUUUAAAAUGUCAUCAAGAACUACUCAUUGCUACGGUUUCAAGGAGAA